AUGGAGUUAUCAAAGUUGGAACCUUUAUGAAAUAUGCUUUUGUCUCCGUUUUUGUUGCGCUCAAUCAGGACAACAAGUAUUGGCUAAGUGUUGAGCGCGGUUUCCUGUGGGAUUGUGUAAGGCCUUGCAGGACAAUAAACGUUUGGGGGGCACUGAGUAAUGUAGCCAUUUCUGACCCAGCAGCUGGGAAAAUGUGAGACGAUUUGUUGCUGCUGGAAGGAGGACGGCUGGGGCCGAGUUCCUGCAAGAGGCAUCUCAACCUCACCGCGGUGGACGGCCAGCAGAACCGGCCAAAAUGCCCUGGCAUAGUAAGAGGGAAUAUGAGUGAUGGUGCCUCAGAGCAGUGACUUUUUGCCUAGAGCUUGAGAGUUAAAGACCUACAAGCACACUUCAGCUCUAUUGAAUUUAAGGACGACAAUAUGGACACAAAAUCCAUUCUAGAAGAACUUCUUCUCAAAAGGUCACAGCAAAAGAAGAAAAUGUCGCCCAGUAAUUACAAAGAGCGCCUUUUUGUUUUGACCAAAACAAACCUCUCCUACUAUGAAUAUGACAAAAUGAAAAGAGGCAGCAGAAAAGGAUCAAUUGAGAUUAAGAAAAUCAGAUGUGUGGAGAAAGUAAAUCUUGAGGAGCAGACCCCUGUGGAGAGACAGUACCCAUUUCAGAUUGUCUAUAAAGAUGGGCUUCUCUAUGUGUAUGCAUCAAAUGAAGAGAGCCGAAGUCAGUGGUUGAAAGCAUUACAGAAAGAGAUAAGGGGCAACCCCCAUCUGCUGAUCAAGUACCACAGUGGGUUCUUCGUGGACGGGAAGUUCCUGUGCUGCCAGCAGAGUUGCAAAGCGGCCCCAGGAUGUACCCUCUGGGAAGCAUAUGCGGAUCUGCACAUUGCUACCAAACAAGAAAAACACAGAGCUCCCAUCUUCCCAGAUAGAGUGCUGAAGAUUCCUCGAGCAGUUCCAGUUCUCAGAACGGAUGAACCAUCUUCAAGUACCGCUCUUGUCCCAUAUGACAGCGACCCAAAGAAAAAGUAUGACUCCCCAUCAAACGUCAACAUGCAGUAUAUUCCAAGAGAAGACUGUCCUGACUGGUGGCAAGUAAGGAAACUGAAAAGCAAUGAAGAUUUUGCCAGCAGUAACCAAAGGGAGAGAAAUGUAAAUCACAGCACCUCAAAGAUGUCAUGGGGAUCCCCUGAGUCAAGUUCAUCUGAAGAAGAGGAAAACCUUGAUGACUAUGACUGGUUUGCAGGUAACAUCUCCAGGUCACAAUCUGAGCAGUUACUGAGACAAAAGGGAAAAGAAGGAGCGUUUAUGGUUAGAAAUUCCAGCCAGGCGGGAAUGUACACAGUGUCCCUAUUUAGUAAGGCUAUGGAUGAUAAAAAAGGAACUGUUAAACAUUACCAUGUGCACACAAAUGCUGAGAACAAAUUGUACCUGGCAGAAAACUACUGUUUUGAGUCCAUUCCAAAGCUCAUUCACUAUCAUCAACACAAUUCAGCAGGCAUGAUCACACGACUCCGCCACCCUGUGUCGACCAAGGCCAACAAGGUUCCCAUGUCCGUGUCCUUGGGAAAUGGAAUCUGGGAACUGAAAAGAGAAGAGAUUACCCUGUUGAAGGAGCUGGGAAGUGGCCAGUUUGGAGUGGUCCAUCUGGGCAAGUGGAAGGGGGAGUAUGAUGUUGCUGUUAAGAUGAUCAAGGAAGGUUCCAUGUCAGAAGAUGAAUUCUUCCAGGAAGCCCAGACCAUGAUGAAACUCGACCAUCCCAAGCUGGUGAAAUUCUAUGGUGUGUGUUCAAAGAGAUACCCUAUCUACAUAGUGACUGAAUAUAUAACCCAUGGUUGCUUGCUGAAUUACCUGAAGAGUCAUGGAAAAAGACUGGAACCCUCCCAGCUCCUAGAAAUGUGCUGUGAUGUUUGUGAGGGCAUGGCCUUCUUAGAAAGCCACCAGUUCAUACAUCGGGACUUGGCUGCUCGGAACUGCUUGGUGGACAGUGAUCUGUCUGUGAAGGUAUCUGACUUUGGAAUGACGAGGUAUGUCCUUGAUGACCAGUAUGUCAGUUCAGUUGGAACAAAGUUUCCGGUCAAGUGGUCAGCCCCAGAGGUGUUUCACUACUUCAAAUACAGCAGCAAGUCAGACGUAUGGGCGUUCGGGAUCCUGAUGUGGGAGGUAUUCAGCCUGGGCAAGCAGCCCUACGACCUGUAUGACAACUCGCAGGUGGUGGUGAAGGUCUCCCAGGGCCACCGGCUCUACCGGCCCCAACUGGCAUCGGACACCAUCUACCAGAUCAUGUACAGCUGCUGGCACGAGCUUCCAGAAAAGCGUCCCACAUUUCAGCAACUCCUAUCUUCCAUUGAACCACUUCGGGAAAGAGACAAGCCUUGAAGAAGAAAUUAGAAGAUCUCAUGGGAAUGAGUACAAGGCUUGGCCAACAUUUUCAUUCUUUUUAACGGAAGUAGCAAAGCACAGCCAUGGUAAUUUAGCUAAUUCUUCUUAGUGGUAUUCUGUGUGCUAUUUGUCUGUUAUAGUAUCUAGAAAUGAACAAGGUAGGAAACAAAAGAUUUCCUUGAAAUUUAGGUCAAAGUAAUAAUUUUAUUUAUGCUGCUCUUAAUAUUACUCUUCCCAGCCUAUAGCAGAAGCACAUUUUCUGAUUGCAAAAUAGAGAGGGUGUGUACCAGGUGUAAAGAUUGAACAGAAUUGAAAAAUUAUUUGUUGGAUAUGUGUUUUCUUUAUAUCUUCACUAUUAUGGUAAUUAAAUAUGCUAAUUAACAUGUAUGGAAAUGGUGA